CCGAAAGGGCACAGACUGGCAACUAGUAGCCAAAGAAUGUUGCCUCUCAGGGGUUCGGUUUCAACCGGUCGUUCUCCCUAUUCGGGCAGCACCGAGGGGAGGGUAUGAGUGGACACCUCUUGAUAUAAAAACUGUUCGGGAGCUCGCAAGUACUGUACAGGCGCAUGGAGUGAAUUCUUCACAAGCGCUCACUCUGUUUGAGUGUCUGCUCUCAACACCUGUUGCGCCUUUUGAUGUAAUGCAGCUAAUGAGGGGAGUAUUGCCCCCGUCAUUGCUGUUGUUGUUUAAGGAGGAAUGGCGGGCGCAAUGCGUUAAGGUAGUGGCCGACGCUCAGGCUCCUGGUCAUCACCUGGCGGGGGUGACCAUAGAGCAGCUCAUGGGGGAGGGACGGUUUGCAACGCCUCAGGCACAGGCACAAGGUAUGCGCGGACGUGACUUUACGGCAGUCGCAACAACUGCCUUAGCCGCUCUUAGGCGUGUCGCGGCCAUGGAUAGAGCGGACCCCCCUUGGGUAAAAAUUCGGCAGGGGAUCUCUGAGAGGUUUACUGCCUUUUUAGACCGGCUCCAGCUUGCUAUGCAAGCAGCGAACCUUCCGGAGUCGGCUAAAGACUCGAUUCUAAUUGAAUGUGCUAGGGCUCAAGCUAACCCACAGACCUCAGCGCUUCUCUCUCAUUUGCCAACGGGUUCGUCGCUAGGCGACAUGAUACGCUAUGUACUGGAGAGAGAGCAGCAACAAGAAACACGCCCGGUAGUGGCAGCCUUACAACAAGUUUUACAAGCGGCUGCAGGCGCUUGUCACCGAUGUGGGGGUAGGGGCCAUAUAUCGAGGGAUUGCGCAACCAAACCCGGAGUAUCGGACCAGGAGAAGGGGGCGGGCAAACUCCGCUGUUGGAAAUGUGGCAAGCUCGGGCACAGAGCUCGGGAAUGCCGCGCCGAGACCCGGCAGGGAGCUCCGGGGUCUACAAAACAACAGGGACCGAUGUCGGGAAACGGUACGGGGGGGGGCAUGGGGGCCGGGCCCUCCCCUUCAGUUUUUGCACAGGGCCCAACAACAACAACAACCCCGAAUCAACCGGUGCUGCCGUGGAACUAA